UUUUGCUUUCCUAACGACACAAAACACCCGUCGGUCAGCAGCGUGUGUGUGGUAAACUUUCGAUCGUAUAGCUGUAGAAGUCAAUAGUAACUUGAUCGGAAGCAUGACAACUGCUAUUCUUGUGUAAGGAACUCUGGAUAUUAUACAAUGGAUUGUUUAUAGGAAUUAUUGUAACCAGUAUUAUGCCUUUAAUAUCAGCGGAACAGACACGUCCACCAUCAGAACAGUUGGUGGAUCUUCAUGUUUACCUUGUACCCACAUCAUCAUGGAAUGAACAAUAUCGCAGCGUCUUCAACCAAGCUGUCAACCAAACGAUCUCGGCAGGAUUUGUCAGAGCUCAUCCUGAGGAUCAUUUAUAUAAGUUACGAGAUGAUGUUGAGGAACAGCUUGGCUCCGAUAUUAUACCGGAAGAGUAUGUUUUCCUAAGAAGUGUAGGCAGGUGCUUAACUCAGGUGAAAGGCAAACAAGAGCUUAUUCUGAAGGUUAAGAACUUUCUACCCCCAUAUAACUUUAGUGCAGAGAUAUUUGUUUUAAAAAGUAAACGAGAACCAGUCCCUCUCCCAGAUAUUAACCGAAGUAAAGAACAUUUAUUAGAAAGAAAGUAUUCUCGUACAGAAGGAACUCAAACAACUCAAUCUACAAAUAGUGGUUACCAUAGUGAUGACUGGUCAGCCAAUCAUGUCAAACCAAAAUCAACAGAUUUCUCAAUGUCCAAUCAGCAUUCAGUUUCAGUAAAAUCACAGAAUAAAAAAACCAUCAAUCCAUCAAAAAAAAAUUCUGUUAGAAAAGGUCCAAAGGGAGUAAAUAGAAAAGGUAUAACAACCUUAGGUGGAAGAACACAACAAGGAGGGGUAAGAAUACAUCAGGGUGGGAAAAUUAGUGGGAAACAUUUCAGAGAAAUGACAAACAGGAGACCUGAGAACAGAGGACUAGCAACUGCAAGGAUUUUAGAGAAAGUAUCUCAGAAUUCCAAGGCUGGUUUUGAGAGGGAAAGUUCACCUAAUGUAGGGACUAGUAAGAUUGGUAGAGGGAAGUGUCAGGGGAUGUCAUCAAACAGAAAUAUGGACAAAAACUCUAGGCUGACUGAAGGAGAAUUGAGACUAGGAAUGAGCACUGAGGACAGAUCAGCCAGGGUAGCAGCAGGGAUAGAUAGACAGGCCAAUCAUGUUAGCUUAGAGACAGUGAAGAGGCGAAUGAUCCCCCAAACUAAAGAACAGCAUGGACACAUUGCACCUCACUCAUCGCACCAGCCAAGUAACCAAGGUGAUAACCUCUCCUCUAGCUCUCAUGAUACUCACUCCUCAUUUUCAUCCUCUGGUCAUCCACCCCUUCCACCUAUAGCUACCCAUCAAUACCCCACCCCUCCCCGCUCAGAUUCUCCCUCCCAUAAACAUAAAACAAAAUCUCAGCAGUAUGAUUUAGCCUCAAGAUCUCAGGAUUCUCUGCCCCGGUUUUUAAGCCCUGAACAAAAUGAUCACAUAUUUCCCACACAAGAUGUGGAAGAACAAUCACCACGGUCCCAGGCCCCCACUAAUAGUAAUCAGGAUUAUAGGCCCCCAUUAAGUGCAACUCCGCCUGAUUCUCCCUUAUAUAAUGUAGCCCCAACUCUUUUAACAAACAAAAUGGAAAUUCCAGAACCCAGGAAGGCUUUAGACAAGUCUGGCUGGAGGGAUACGUACACUAACGGAACAAAUGAAGACUCUGGAAUUGCUGAACCAACACCGGAGGAAGACCUAGGAUUCCACCAGCAACAUCAUAACUUACUAGAAAGUAGUGAGGUGAUAGACCAGCACUCAGAUAAUGGAAACAUGAUUGUUCUGCAUCACAACCAGGAAGAACCUCAUCGGACAGAGCAGAGGAGGCGUUUCCAUGACGACGAUAAUUCUUCCAAAGCCAUUGAAGAGAAAACUGUUCAUGAUUUCCAAAUGAAUUAUGAAAAAUUUUUGGAAGAUGAAGAGAAUAGGAAAGAACUUGAAAACCUUCAGCUGAUGAGGGAACAAAAUGCCCAGAAUGUUGCUGAUGUCCGAAGGAAGAAAGAAGAGAUGCAGCGAGCAAUGUCUCGCAGAGCACGAGAACUCGCAAGUCAGAAUUCUCACGAUACUAAGCAAUAUCAAGUUAAUGAGAUUGAACCCUAUGAGGGGAGUAGUUUUGCCAGCAAAGAAGUGUCACAGUAUGAAGACAUUACAGGUCAUGAUAACAUUGAGCCAGAACAUUUAAUGGAUGAGCAAAGAGAUUUGAACCAAGAAUCAUGGUCUGAUGGUCAGCCAUCAACAUUGACAGAAAAGGAAUUAUUACAAAAACUACGAAAAAAUGAAGCAGAAAAAAACAGGAUGGCUUUGGAAGCAAUACAAAUAGAAGAUUCUGCCAAGGAACACUCCUUCUUAAAGAAGGGUAAAAAAAAGGGAAUAUCAUCAGUAGUAGAAAAGCAGCACCAAGACACCCCAUCAUCAGCAGAAGCAUCAGCAGUGUCGUCAAGACCAGGCCAUCAAACUAAUCAGCCCAACAAGAACAAAGACUGUAACCAACUUCUAUUGGAUUUGGAAGAAAUGCGAGAACAAAGGCUUGCGAUUGAGCAGCGCAGGGAGGAUUUAGUAAGAAAGGCAAAAACACUGCAAAGCCGUACGCAGGAUAGGAGGAAUAAAGCCCCUUUUGGAAGAGAAGGUAAAGAUGGUUCUUUAACAAGGGAUUAUUGGAAAAAGCAAUACUUUGAAGAGAAGAAGUUGACAAAUCCUUUGGAGGACCACAUCAAUAAACUCCGGCAACAAGUAGAACAAGCACAUCGCAAACUGAUCACAAUGAUGGAAGGACGAAUGCAAGCAAAGAAAAUUCCACCAUCUCAAAAGAACAAUCACAAGAUUAACAUUGCUAAGAGUCAGCACGAUCUUGAGGAUUUAAGACGACGAGUUGAGAAUGCCAAGAUGAGACUUACGUCAGAAAUGAAGUUGAGGAACCAAGCUGAGAAGGAACUGAGGAAUUUGAAGAAUGAGCUGACACAGAAGAAGAUCCAUGUGACCCUCACCCGCUCCCAGCAGCUGGCAAUACUCAAAGAAUCGGAAGAAACUUUACUAUCAUCGCGAACGCCACAACCUCAUAGGACAUCUCAACCCCGCAAAACACCUGUCGUACCUACACAGAUAAGCCAAUCACUGACAUCACGUCCAUAGUACACCUACUUCACAUAUCACCACCUGUAUAACAUUUCGUCACCAGUUUAUAGUACACCUGUACUACUUUUCAUCACCUUUAGGUACCUUUGAUCUCAGUACAUUAUUCUUAAGAUGUAAUUUUGUGUAAUUAAAUAAAUUAUUCAUAGCUGAAGUCUGUGUUUAUUACCUUAAUACAUUGCUGUACUUGAUAAGUAAAAUAAAUAUAUUUGCCUAAAUCUCAUUGGGCACAGUUUGUCAAUUAUAAAUAUUAAUAAUAGAGUCUCGUUCUAAUUAAAUAAGAAACAAUUUAUCAUAAUACUUAAUACAUAUAAUCAAAUUCAGUGGCAGAUCCAGAUUUGUACAGAUGGAUGGUCCAGACUACCUCAGCCUCACCAUGGUUGGGCUGAUGUGCACAUUUUUGUUGGCAUCUCUAAAUGGUAGGAAAUGGCACUCUCAAACUGAAAUUUGAGUGCAAUUGCAACUGAGCCAUGCCCAGUUGUACUAGCCUAAUCUGAUUCUAACUGAAUGUGGGAACAGUUUAUCAUUAUAAUUGCUAUAUUAUUAUUUACAUCCCUACUUCUCCAAUAAAAACCAACUCCUCGUCUUCUUAGAUUUCUAACAAGCAUCUUCUUGAGCAAGGCAGGUGGAGACUUAAUAACUUGGGUAAACGGACAUGUGCCGCUCCUACAUUAUGGAAUGCUCUUCCUCUUGAAAUCAAAACCUCAUCUUCUGUCAGUAUGUUUAAAAAAAAUGUUAAAACCUAUCUCUUCUCCAUCUCUUCUCUCAAGUUUUUUGACACACUUGUAAAUUGUUUGUUAAUGUAUUUUUUAAAAAUAUUUUUCAUAAUCUUACAAACAUUGUUAAUUAACAUGAGUAGGUAGUUAAUGUACACUUUGAGUAAUGCAUUGUUAUAGUGCCACUGAGCAUUGCAUUCUGCCCUGGAUAUUGGAGUUGUAUAAAUCAUUGUUGAUUGAUUGAUUGAUUGAUUAAUAGAAUCUCAUUCUAAUUAAAUAUAUGUACAGUUAAUCAUAGGCAUUAAUGAUGUAGUGUAAUUCUAACUGAUGGCACAGUUUAUCAUAACUAUUAAUGUAAUCUAUUUGUAACUGAAUAUGGGCACAGUUUAUCAUUAUAAAGAUUAAUAAUCAAAUCUGAUUCUAACUAAAAUAGGCACAGUUUAUCAUUAUAAGUACCAUAUGUUGAUAAAACUCAAUUAGGUUUGACAGUUACAAAUUAAUGACAGAAAUUUAUAUCAGAAGCUCAAUCAUUUCUGUAAAGAUGAAUGCAGUUAAUUCAUAUUGGGUAUGUAGAAUGUUUUAACAAACAUAAAAUUUCAAGAACUACUACUACAGAUGAAUGUAAUAAAAUAGCUGUAGAAAUCAGAUUUGAAAACGGGAGCUUCAUGCCACUGCAUUUGCUGCUUCUGUAAUUCUGCAUCUUAACCCGGGCACUCGCUGCCUUCGUACCACCAUUGUACCACAAACCUCACUCCCUGUAAGCAAAUAGAUGACGCAACACUGUUUACCGAUUGUUUAAUCAUUUGUUUCAUCGUUUAAAAAGGAUCUGCAUUGCGUUCUCCAUAGAAUCGUGUCUGCCAACAACCGUCGGACUCAGUGUGUAAGUUGUUAAGUUACUAAUUUAUCAACACUCAUAAGGCACAUAAUACAUAAAUUUCUAUACACUUAUACAUUUGCAUAGUUACCAACUUGAGAGAUUUGAAAUGCAUAUGUAGAAUUUGAUUUCAUUCUACAUUAUGUUUAAUUUGAGCACCUGAACUAUGUACGCAAACAUUUUAUCAUUUAAACAAAUCAAAAAUUAAUAGGCAUACUGAAGAAUUUUUAGAAAUGCAUCAGCGAAGAAUUAAGUAUUCACGAAAAUACUGUCUAAUGGCUGAAGUUACUGCAUGACCGUUUUCAUAUUUUUAAUAAAACCAAUUUCUUCUAAAUUGAGAUACAUUUUUCCCCUGAAUUUGUGUUAAAUUCAUGACACAGACCAGUGUUAAAUGCGUGGCAUAUUUAUGUUCACGCAUGUGUUACUGCAAAAUGCAUGUUUCAUCAAAAAUCACUUUGAAAUGCGGGACCGUUCCGCAUGAUGCGAGACGGUUGGUAACUAUGCAUUUUUGGUACAACUCUCUACGUUUUGAAUAUUGCUUUAUUCAUCUUGAAAAUAUGCCCAUUAUAUAUAGUUGGUAAUAUUUAAGUAAAGAAUUUAAUAUACACGCUUGAAAAUAUGCAAAAUUUACUUUAUUCUCACUUUUCCAGUGAAAAUCCAAAGUUUUUGAAAAUCUAACAAGACAGAGUUUCUAAACAUUUGUAUAUCAUUAAUUUGACGUUAUAUCUUUAGAAGAAAUUCAUCUACUGUAUUUGCCAUCAAUAGUUUUUUUGGUUUUUUUUUUUUCCGUAUAAACAGAAAUGAAUACACAACUAUAAAUUUUAUGGCUUUGUUUUAUAUUUACUAGCAUUGUCCAAUAUCUUUUGACUUACAGAAUAUAUUUGUGCACAGUAGUUAUGGCAAAUAAUAUAAUUUGAGUGAAACCAUAGCUUGUGUGUUGACUGAGAAUGACUCCCAAUCCCAUGGAUUGUCUGUAAAUGGCCCCUGGAUUUUUUUUUCACAACCAAAAGUAUGUGCCCAGCUGCCCCUCUUGCUGGCAUACUUUAUCUUAGUAAACUGUAAGAUACUUUAAAUCAUUUUAUCAAAUAUCUAUUGUAUAAAGAUGGUAUAUAUACAUAAUUAUUGUAUAUUGUACAGUGAAAACUUAAGUAAUGAUUAUAAAAUAAAAAAAUAAUUGUGUGACCAAAUUAAUUGAUUUGUAUAUAAUAUUUGUGAGCCUGAGUUUUUUUUUGUGUGUUUAUUAAAAACCAAAUAAUUGAUUAUCUUAAUGCAAUUAAGCCCAAUGAACAGUAGUGUAUGAAUUAUGUAUACAUUUUUUUUACUAAUUAAACUAUGGGGUGACUGCUAUAAAGCUAUAGUAAAACGUAUCAACAGAUACUGAAAUAAUUAUGCUAUUAUUACAAUUUAAUGGACCUGUGCCAAGCAAGGUUAACAACUGUCCAAUGAGAACAGGGCUAUGAAUCCGCGCAUGUCCGCCAUUUGUGACCUUAGGCAGGACACUGCGUACAUUUGUCUCUCUACCCAAAAGUGUAAAUAGGUACUUAUAUAAGGUAAACAGGAACAUGUGGAAGAGUGAUAACUCUCAAACCCCCCCCCCCCCUUUACA